AUGACUUCGUCCUCUUUACAUGGCAUACUUGGUCAAAAGUUAUACGAUGGAAAAUCUAAAACAAUUUACUCAGUAAUUGAUCAACCUAAUCUUAUCUGUAUUCAUCGCAAAGAUUAUUAUGAUCCAUCAGUUUCAUCAUUAAGUAUUCCCGGUGGUCGUCGAUCUAGUGUCGAUAGUAUAUUUCGACUCAACAAUCAACAGCAAAAUCGUAAUCUUACUUCAAAUUCAAGCAAUGAAAGUACAAGCAAAGGUGUAUUAACAACAUCGAUAACAACUUGUGUCUAUGAAAUCUUACGUGAAGCAUCUAUACCGACAUUUUAUGUUGCUUCACACACACAACCAGAUAUAUUUAUUGCAAAAAAAUGUACUAUGAUACCAAUUUUAUGGAUUAUUCGGCGUAUAGCUAAUGAAACAUACGUUAAAUGUAAUCCGGAAAUUUCAAAUGGCCAUCGAUUUAUUCCACCAGUCAUGGAAAUCUAUUAUAAGCGUUAUCCAAUUAUUUAUAGACGUUUAACAUUAGGAAGUCUUGAUGAAAAUACUGAAUCCAAUCGUGAAAAUUUCAGUGACGACGAGGAUUCUGAUUUAGAUAAAUGUUUAUCAUCGGUAUGGUCUUACGAACAGCUACUGAAUACAAAUAUCGAUAUUGAAAAUUCAAAAAUUUCAAAAACAGAUAUUGAAUAUAUGUACGAAAUAUGUUGUGCUGUAUUUGACAUACUUGAACAUGUUUGGAUGGUUGAAAAAAAUUGUCAACUUAUAGAUUUAAAAAUCGAAUUCGGUAUAACAACAACAGCAGCCAAAGAAAUUGUUGUUGCAAAUACAUACGAUGUUGAAACAUGGCAUAUAUUACGGCCCACCGAAAAAGUUAUCUUGAAUCGAAAGGAUUCAAUUCAAGAAAACCUUGUUUGGAUAAAUAAUGCAUUAAGACAUAUACUUGAUUUAAGUACUAACAAAUCAUUAACAACUAAAGUUAUUUCAAAUUCUAAAAGUAUUGAAGAAAAAUCGAAAAAUACCACGUUUGAAUAUGAUUACAAUCAUACAGAUAAGGACAAACUACCUCCAAGUCUCUAUUCACUAACGUAUUCUUUACCAAUAAAAACAAAUCGUUGUAUUAUUGUUUGUUCAUCUGUUCAUGAUGUUGAAUAUGGACUGAAAAUCAAAACAACGCUUAAUGAAAUAUACAAUAUUCAUUGUGACAUUCGUAUUUUAUCAAUUUUUAAAUCGACACAAACCGUAUUGAAAUUUUUAUCGAAUUAUUCCUAUGAACAUAGUCAACCAACUGUUUUUGUUACACUCGGAAAUAUAAACAAUGGCCUUGCUAUGUGUCUAUCAUUGAAUUCACAAUAUCCAAUUAUACAUUGUUCAUUAUUAAGCAAAGAUCAACAAAAUAAUUUAUUUGAUACUAAUUCAUUUCUAUCAAAUGAUACAUCAUUAUUUACAGUGGUAUUUACGUUAUCAAGUGCAAUGCAAAAUGUAGUACAAAUCCUGGCUAUGAACGAUUGGAAAUUGUGGACGAAGCAACGUGGCAGACGAUUUAAAAAAUAUAUGGAUUUAAUGAGAGCUGAUCAGCAAUUGAUAACAACAGUAACACAAACAGUUAAAACGAAAAGUGGAAUGCUAAUUAGUCAAUGA